AUGGCACCCCGCCGUAACGACCGGAAAUUGGGGUGGAGGGGGAGAUUCCAGCUCUACCUAGUCAGCGUGGAAACUCGCGAGCAGCUGGAGAAGAUCCACGAGCUGACGCGUAACGAUGCUUACGACUUUUGGGACGUUCCCAGACUGAACCGGAAAGCUCGCGUGAUGGUUAACCGGCGGGACGAGGGCAAGUUUGAAGGAUUUCUGGAGCAACACGAGUUCGAUUUUGAUAUCGCGGCUGAAAAUGUGCAACAAUUGUUGAACAACGAGAAGAGCAAGAAUGAGGAACAUCUCAAAAAGGUACGCCGUAAUGCUGGACCUAAGUCGACCAUCGAUUUUGAUCAUUACUGGUCGUUGGAAGAGGUGUACGACUUUGUAGAAGAAGUAGCAGCCAAGAGUGACAUGGUAACGGCGUUCGAUAUUGGAACUACCCACGAGGGAAGACCACUGAAGGCGCUGACACUGUCUAAGAACGGAUACAUCAAUAUGGAGCGUCCGGUGGUGUUCAUGGAUGCCGGUAUCCAUGCUCGUGAAUGGGCCACCAUUAUGACCAUCAUGCAUCUGCUGCACGAGUUCACCGAACAUCCGGAACUGUACGCCGAGCAGCUGGACAACACCGACUUCGUGAUCAUCCCGGUGCUCAACCCGGACGGUUACGUGUUUGCCCACCAGGAGAACCGUCUUUGGCGCAAGAACCGUGCCCAGUACAACAUGCUGUGCGCCGGCGUUGACCUGAACCGUAACUUCCCGGCCAUGUGGCGCUUCACGAGCAAUGCCUGCACGAGCUCCUACGCCGGCCCCUUCGCCACAUCGGAACCGGAAACGCGUGCCAUGAUGAGCCUGAUGGAUCAGUACAAGGCCGCGAUGGUGAUGUACGUGGCGGUGCACACCAGCGGAGAAAUGGUCCUGUGGCCCUGGGGAUACGAAGCGACCUACGUGGACAACUGGGAGGAACAUGACGAGUUGGGAAAGCAAGCUGCUGCUGCCAUUGUGGCCGUGGGUGGACCCGAGUGGACCGUUGGCAAUUCGGUUGAGGUGCUGAACUAUGAGGCUUCGGGAGCGACCGACGAUUACGCGUACACCGUGGGAGCUCGGUUGGCUUAUACAAUUGAGCUAAAGGGCGCUGGAACGACCGGGUUCGAGAUCGCUGCCGAAGAGAUCAGCAAGUGCAACCGGGAAACUAUGGAGCUGUACAAAGUCUUCUUUAAAUAUGCUGGAGGACUGGCUUUGCCGAAUAAGGAUCAAUAA